GUGCCGCCGUGCGCGGCCCGCCGGGCGCCGCGGCCUGCGGGCGCCGCUGGUUGGCGGCGGGGGGACACGUGAGCGGGGAGGCGGCGGCAGCGGCGGCGGCAGCAGCGGGAGUUUCCCCGACAGCUGGAGGUUGCGGCGGCGGCUCCUCCUCCCCGGGUCCCCGCUAGCGCCUAGAGACCCCCCGCGCUCCUCCUUAUUGACAGACGCACAAAGGGCCGCGCCGGGACGCGUCUGGAGCCGGCAUGGGAGACAAGAAGAGCCCGACCAGGCCGAAGCGGCAGCCGAAACCCUCCUCGGACGAGGGGUACUGGGACUGCAGCGUCUGCACCUUCCGCAACAGCGCCGAGGCCUUCAAGUGCUUGAUGUGCGACGUGAGGAAGGGCACCUCCACACGGAAACCUCGACCUGUCUCUCAGCUGGUUGCACAACAGGUUCCUCAGCAAUUUGUGCCCCCUACACAAUCAAAGAAAGAGAAAAAAGACAAAGUAGAAAAGGAGAAAAGUGAAAAGGAAACAACAAGCAAAAAGAACAGUCAUAAGAAAACCAGGCCAAGAUUGAAAAAUGUGGAUCGAAGUAGUGCUCAGCAUUUGGAAGUUACCGUUGGAGAUCUGACAGUCAUUAUUACAGACUUUAAGGAGAAAACUAAGUCACCACCUGCUUCCAGUGCUGCUUCUGCAGAUCAACACAGUCAGAGUGGUUCUAGCUCUGACAACACAGAGAGGGGAAUGUCCAGGUCAUCUUCACCCAGAGGAGAAGCAUCAUCACUGAAUGGGGAAUCUCAUUAAAGUUUAUUUCUUCCAGUUUCUUUAGUCUCUUCAGAACAUGCAAAUACAUAAGUUCUGUCACCUAUUACCACAUUUUCAUGACAGAUUAAUCAUGCAUAAUUGAUAUGUCGACUGGAAUAUAAUGCAGUUUAAAAAAAAAGAAAAAAUGCUCAGUGGUAGAAACAAUAACAGCAUGAGGCUGAGUCAGGGGAAGUUUAGGUUAGAUACCACAAAAGGUUUCUCACCCAGAGAGUGGUUGGGCACUGGAACAGACUCCCCAGGGAAGUGGUCACAGCACCAGUCUGACAGUGUUCAAGAAGUAUUUGGACAACACUGUCACGUACUGUGGUGUGACUCUUGGGGCUGUCUUAUGAGGGCCAGAAUUUGGACUUUUGGGUCCCUUCCAACUCAGCUUAUUCUGUGAUUUUAUAGUAAUUUAAAUGCUAUCUCCAAAUGCUUAAGAAGCAUCUUCAGACCAGUUUUUUAAUCUACAUGUGUAAGGGUGCCAUGAAAAUGUGGUUUAAAUGUUCAUUAUGCAGUGUUAUUGGUAUGUCCAUUUUCACUUUUAGUUUAGUGAACUCUAACACAACUCUUGGAGUCUCUACUAUUGGCAUGUACUGAAUUCAAAUUUUUAUAACAUAGUUCAAGCUGCCUAAAUAUGUAUUAUUUGAGAAUUGUGAAACAUAGUUAUAUGUAUGCAAGUCAAAGAUCAACUUAAUCAAUUAUUGCUGCAACAGAGUUUUCAUAAUAAUUAUCUUCUUAAAAACACCUGCUGGUACUUGGUGUGGUUAAAUAGGAAAAAUGUUAUUAAAGAAAACAUUUGUAUGGAUUUUUGCCAAUGUUUGACACAUUUUACUAGAUUACUGUUACUGAAUUAUGUUGAUGGUUUUACCAAUAUUUUUUGACACUUAAAACACUUAUUGUAAUGUUUACAAGCAAAAUAGAAAACACAUUCUAAGCAUUGAUUAAUUAACCUUGCAAUUCAGGUAAAGUACUGCAUUGUCGCUGUACACUGGUAUUUUGUGUUGUGUAACAAAUACUGAACCUCAGAUGGUGUUGCAUUUGGCAAAAACUAUUUGGAAAUAGGGAAGUUUGGAAAAGCUUUAAAAAGAACAGAACUGGAGUUCUCAUUUCUGCUUAGUGCUGUUGCCUCGCCCCAGAUUUUUCUAGUGUCACAUAGUCACUUAUUUCAGUACAGGGAUAUCAGAUGUUGCACAAGAAUAAGGAAAUAACGUUUUUUCGUUCUUGAAUCAAUUUCUUUAAUAUUGAAUUGGCCUAUUAGAAUAUAUUAUGUCAUAAAUAAUUUGAAAAAGAUUCAAUAUCCUACUUUAUGGCAUAAGCUGUCAACAUUUACACACUUAGCAAUAUACUGAUGAAGAGCAGAACUAUUUACAAUACCAUCUGGUAUUAUGUAAAAUUACCAAUAAAAUAUUUUUGUGAAUACAGAUUUUGCAUUUUUGUUUACAACCAAUAAGUGUUUUGAUACAUACAUGCAAUUCAUGUAUAGAUUUUAAAUUAUAUAUUCUGGUUCAGUACAAAAGUCCAUUUAGCUCCUUUUAGUGACAUAGGGCACUUACACUCCUGUGAGCCUUUUCUUUUUCAUUCUAAGUAAAUAUAUUUUUAAGCUUAUGUGAAAGUUGGAUGGACCUUCUUGGUAGUGAAUCCAGCCCCAAAUUAUUACCCACAUAUAUGUCUUCUCAAUGGCUUAAAACAAUGGAUUUUUGUAGCCCCUGACAAUUGUGAUGUUUGGUGGUUCUUGUAGUAAUGUAUUUUUCUGUUUUUAAGGCAGUACUUCUACAGGCACAAUGGUACUGUUCUAUUUUGUAAGAUGCUAGUUGUGAAAUACAGUUAGUUGCAUAAAAUGAGAGUCUGAUGUGAUAUCUGAGAACAUACAUACCUCAUUCCUUGGUGUUGCUGUUUAAACUUUUUAGACAUCAAAUGUUAAUUAUAGGCUAUUUCAGAUGGAUAACUACUGACCUGUUUAUUAUGUAUUCUGCUUUAUCUUACUAAGUAGGAUGUCUGUUUAUUGCUGUUACCCGGCCAAAUUUAGUAUCUGUAAAACAAUGCUUUUUAAGGUUCAUAAAUGUUUUUGGGG